AUGCCUCGCGCGGCCCCCUCCUGCACGCCCUUCCGCCUGCUCGCGGUCACCGCCCUUUCACUGCUGCACCUCCGCCUCUUCCUCACGCGCUACUUUCCCCAACCCCCCGCGCCCUUCCGCGACUGCCCCGACACCGCCGCUGACGUCUCCGCCUUGCGCUCGGCAUUCCGCAAAUGCCAGGGGGAGCUUGUGCACCGGCGCGUGGCUGCGCGGAGUGCUUAUAACGAUGCCUCGGCGGGCGGCGCGGAUCUCGAUGAGCGCUGGCUCGCGGAGAGCGCGGUCGCCGCCGUCCAUCACGGCGCUGGGGCCGGCGGGGAGGCCGGCUCAGGUUCUGCUUCCGCGGAGUACGCGCGGAGGCGGGACGCGCAUCUGACGCGCUUACAGGCGGACAGACUCAGCGAAUGCGCCGCAUCCGACGCGGAGUUAAAGCAAUUUCUGCGCUUCCAUCCACACGCCACGUGUCCCGACGACUGGGAGCUAGCCCACCGCCUCCGCUUCACCGACCAUUGCCACGUCAUCCCUCCCCGCGCGUGCCUCUCCCCCACCCCCCCUGACCCCGUGGAGCCUCCGCCGCAUCCGGAGGCGCUCUGGACGCCGCUAGACGGGCGAAGCGUGCGGUGGGAGCGUUACGACUGCGCUGACGUGGCAUGCGUCGAGCGCAAGCUGGCAGCCUUAGCUGCAGACGCUGCUGCGGACGCUGCAGCUGUAGCAGCCGUAGCGCGAAAGGUCAACUCGAGCCUGGACCCAUAUCCCUGGGAGCGGCGCGAGGGGGAGGGCAAGCAGAAUGAGCGGGAGAGGGGGAGGAGCGGGCGGGCAGGCGGACAGGAUGGGGGGAAAAGAGGGGCAGACGCGGGGAGCGGAUGCAGUAGGGACGGAUGGGCGGGUGGCGCUGCUUGCUUCCAGUUCACGCGCCCCUCCGCCAGCAGCGCGAGCGGCGGAGGCAGCCAUAGCAGUGGCAGUGGCAGUGGCAGUGGUAGUGGCAGUGGCAGUGGCAGGAGCGGGCGGAGCAGUCCCAUGAGUCGUGCUGCGAGUGGCAAUACGGAGGAGGCAGGUGCGAGAGAGACGUUCCACAUUCGCCAUCUCAUGCGCCUCAAGGGGGGUGGUGUGAGGCUGGGGCUGGACCUGGGCGGCGGAACAGGCCAGUUUGCCGCCCAGAUGGCGCUGCACAAUGUGACCAUCCUCACUGCGCAGUCCAACCUGAUUGGCUACCCUGAUCCCUCCCAGUCGCCCUCAGGCCGCACUGCUGCAGACGCUACUGCAAGCGGAAGCAGCAGCAGCACCGGCACGAGUAGUACCAGUGCCAGCAGCAGCAGCAGCAGCAGCAGCAGCAGCAGCAGCCGGGUGGCAGUGCCGUUUCAAGAGGCACUGGCAUGGCGGGGACUAGUGGCGGUGGACAUGCCUCUCACAGCGCGCCUUCCCUUCUUUGACGCCUCAUUAGACCUCCUCCAUGCCACUGGCACCGCCGGCCCCGCGCUCCUGCAGGGUGUUGACUCUCUGCCGCCCAGGGACUUCCACCUCGCGCUGUUUGACUGGGACCGCGUGCUCCGGCCGGGCGGCAUUCUUUGGCUGGAAACAAUAGAGCACAGUGCGGAUGCGAUGCCACUGUAUGAGGCUGCUCUGGAGCGGCUGGCGUAUCGUGCUGUAUUUGUGAGGAAGGUGGAUGCAGUGGUGGGAGGGGUGCCGCACAGGCAUGUGCAGAGAUUGUGGGUGGUUCUGGAGAAGCCAAUUGAGCGGAGGGCUGGGGCCAGUUUAGACAGACAUGGGAAAAAUGGGAGAGAGAGCAGACGAGUGCACUCUUUUGAUCCGAAUGUCCUGACUUUGAUGAGCUGA